UUUGACUGGCGCGUGAUACGAGAGACUUCUAAUGCUAGCGGUUGAUUGUCAUGAGGAUUGCUAUGAACAAAGAUGGCCAAAGGUGAACACGAUUGUAAAGCGUAUCCUAAAUACUGAGAAUGUCAGUAGAGAUGAGUGGCAAAAUAUGUUUGCUGAUGUGCAUUAUAUUGUAUCAUGGCAAGAGUCAGCAACACCAGCUAUUAUUUCUUCACUCACAGAGACCGUUAGAGAGUCGAUUAUGAGGGUUCAGCAGGAUGAGUCUUCGCUAUUAAAAUCCUAUAUUGCUCAAUGGAAUAAGUUUUCUAAACAGAGCGAAUAUCUCCCUCAACCAUUCAGUCCGCUAGAAAACUAUUUGGUUGGGAAGCAUCUCAAUGGUCCGAACAAACGUCAUCUUCAGGAAAGUACUAUCAGAAAACUAAUGCUCGAAACAUGGAACAGUACAAUUUACGAGUCCAUCAAGCAGAAACUGCUGGAUAGUGCUAUUAAGCUCAUACAAGAUGAGAGGUGUGGUCAAGUCAUUGACUCACAGCUUGUCAUAGGCGUUCGCGAGUCAUGCGUGAUCCCAUAUUACCCGCUCAGGUUAGCGGCAUAUCAGUUUGUUUACGUUGCCUUCUCGAUCGCAUCCGUAUUGAUUGUUACUGGCGUCGGUGGUAAGGAUUCGAGAAUCUUCAUUUGCAACAUAUCGUAGUGAUUAUGUUUCACUCAACUCUUUUUGUAGACUUCUGCCAAUAUAUAUCUCAGUCAUCUUGUUGUUGCUCUGCGAACAAAUGGGAAGUGAAAUAUCACAAGUAUCAUUUGUAUCAUUUAAUUCAUUUCAAAAGAAAUUUUAAUGAAGACUUAUUUCGUAGUAAAACCGUACAGAUCAACUCAAGAAAUUUUAUUUACCCCUAAUCCAGUUUAGUACGAUUGGCGGUUGCGAAAUAAUUGCACAUAAAAUGGAACUAAUUGCCUUACCUUAUCCCAAUAUUCGUACGUGAAGUUAGUCAUUACAUUUCUAUGAAUUUUGGCAGGUUAUGGUCAUGUAAUUCAGUUGCAUAUAUGCACUACUCAGACCGAAAAUAAUAAAAGGGUAAAAGGGCGUUAGUCUGUCUUCCGUUGUACAUUAGGUGAAGGUGGGAGACUGCUAGAUCCCAACUUAUCUUGCGUUUGGUUCAGUGAGUGGUUCAUGGGUGUGGGUGAAGCGUCGAUAAUUUAAGCGACAUUUAGACAGGUGUCUAGGGACCCAUAGUAUCGUAAAAGUAUCAGAGCUUUGUUUUUCUCAGCUAUCCUUUCAAAGGAUAUAUCAAGACAUGUCAGUUUACGCAACAAAGCGACAGGAAUUCUUUUCACCUAAAUGUGAUCUAA